AUGGUCAAAAAGCAGACAAGCCCCGCCUACGUCUUGGGCGUGGGCAUGACCAAGUUCAUUAAGCCGCGCGGUAAAGUCGACUACAACGAGCUGGGCUACGAGGCCGGUAUCAAGGCUCUGCUCGAUGCAAAAAUCACAUACGACGACGUCGACCAGGGAGUCGCCUGCUAUGUCUAUGGCGACAGCACCUGUGGCCAGCGCGUCUUCUACCAAUUCGGUCUGACCAAUAUCCCCAUCUACAAUGUCAACAACAACUGCUCGACCGGCUCGACUGGUCUCGCCAUGGCCCGCACGAUGGUCUCUCACGGCGCCGCGGACUGCGUGCUCGUCGUCGGCUUCGAGAAGAUGAACCCCGGUAGUUUGCAAUCCAUGUACAACGAUCGCGCCAACCCAACCGGUCUGUUCGGUAUGAUGAUGGCCGAGACUAGGGGUAUCACCAAUGCGCCCGGUGCUGCGCAGAUGUUCGGUAAUGCUGGUCGCGAGUAUAAGGAGAAGUACGGCGCCACAAACGAAGACUUCGCCGAAAUCGCCCGCAUCAACCACGAACACUCCAAGCGCAACCCCUACUCGCAAUUCCAGCAAGAAUACACCCACGAACAAGUCAUGAAAUCGCCCAUGAUCCACGAACCCCUUACCAAGCUGCAAUGUUGCCCGACCUCCGACGGCGGCGCCGCCGCCGUCAUCGUCUCCCAGGAGUUCCUCGAUGCCCGCCCGCAUCUAAAGGAGAACGCGAUCCUGAUCGCCGGCCAGACCCUCGCCUCCGACACCGACCAGGUCUACAACCAGAGCUCGAUCGACCUGAUGGGCUUCGGCAUGUCGCGCUAUGCGUGCCGGAAGGCGGUUGCCGAGGCCGGCGUGAAUGUUAAGGAUAUCAAGGUCUGCGAGUUGCAUGAUUGUUUCUCGGCCAAUGAGAUGAUUACCAUUGAUGCCCUGGAGCUGUGUGAGCCUGGUAAGGCGCAUGAGAUGGUGAGGAAGGGGGAUAUUACCUAUGGCGGGAAGAUGGUUAUUAACCCCUCUGGUGGUCUGAUUUCGAAGGGUCACCCGCUUGGUGCGACGGGUAUUGCGCAGUGUGCUGAGUUGGUGUGGCAUUUGCGUGGCUGGGCGAAUAACCGUCUGAAGGAUGGGACUGAUGCGGCGCUGCAGCAUAACCUGGGUCUUGGUGGUGCAGUUGUUGUGACCGUCUACAAGCGUGCUGAUGGCAAGGUUGCUGCGGCUGUUCCUUCGGAUGUUGUGGCUAAGAUUACCGGUCUGGGCUAUAACCCUGCUGUUGAGGCUCGCGGGUUCACGGCUGAGCAGGCUAAGUCGGUUGUUAGCCAGAAGCACAGCAGUGAGUAUGCGGUUGCGGAUGCGCAGGAGCGCGUGUUGGCUCGUUUCUAA